AUGUUAGAAAAAACAUUCUCCACUUUUCAUGCAUCGAAUGUGCUCCUGCAGCAGCAAUAUCGAGAAAAAGGGUUUAAGAAAUAUGCUGAAUUAAUUUCGUGCCUCCUUCUGGCUGAGCAAAAUAAUGAGCUUUUAUUAAAAAAUCAUGAGGCUCGACCAAUUGGCUCUGCUCCAUUCCUAGAAGUGAAUGUUGCAACACAUGGUAAAGAAACUAGUGGUCAAGGCUAUGGUCACAACCGUGGAAAUAAUCAUGGUCGUGGUCGUGGCCGUGGUCAUGGUCGUGGUCGUGGUAGUAAAGGCGGUCGUGGUCACGAUUAUGAGGUAAAAAACAAUUUUUCACACCAGAAGUGGAAAAACAAUGGGAAAAAUAAGAAGGAAAUGGAUGGACAUGGUAACAAACACGAGGAAAACAAAUGUUAUCGUUGUGGUGCCAAGGGUCACUAA